UCAGUCAGCGGCAGAGUUUGUUCGUGUGCGUCUGUUGAUGAUUCCGCAAGGACUGAGUUUUUCAUAAUAUACUAUAAUUACUGCAAGAUUUAUUGAAAUAUCUAUUUACUUGCAUCAAAUGAAGCCCAUUUAACAGAUUGAUUCAUCUAUCGAACAGCUCUGUCACAUAAUUACUAUGGUGAUCAUGGAAAACAUUGAGAAUGUUGGUUCAUUGGAAGAGCAAGCUUUAAAACGUAAAGAAAGACUAAAAAAUUUAAAGCGAAAAGCUCCUAGCAAUGAAAAUACAGGUUCUGAAUCUACUGAAGUUGUAACUUUGCCCAAGCCUAAGUUUCGUAGCUAUAAACCUCAAGAUGAGUUGUUGCAGGAGGCCAAACUAGAAGAAGCUCAGCCCACACUUGUAGAAGAUGAGGUUAAGGACCUGCUUGAAGCGGGGAAAGAAAAGGUUGUGCUGCAAGAUUUAGAUAUAUCCAGUUUAGCUCCUAGAAAACCAGAUUGGGAUCUCAAGAGGGACGUCUCUAAAAAGUUAGAGAAACUUGAAAGGAGAACACAGAAGGCAAUAGCAGAGUUAAUUUGGGAGAGGUUGAAGGAAGGGGGAGAAGACAACUUGGGGGCCAUGGUCUCUAUGACUGAGAAUAGGCCCACAGACGAUGAUUGAUAUAGCAUACAAGGUUUGGAGUUUGUUACAUGUUUUUAUAAAUAAUUCUGAUCAUAUUUACUAUGUAAAUGCAAGUAGGU